UGAUAUUUAAAACUAAUCGUGCCUAAAUUGAGACUGGCUCUUUAAGAGAAGUGUCGUCAUAUUUAGGGGCGUAACCCCGGAAGAGCUUUUCAGCAACAUUUCAUCAUGCUUCGACGUGCUCUGUGGCUGUGAAAUGACAUACUCGUGGUUGUAGCUUUGGUUUUAUGAAGUCGGUUUGUAACAUCGCAGUUGAAUUAAUCAAAUAUAGAAGAGCUCACAGUUCAACUGCGUCUCGUUGGCUCCGAGAAGAGAUGUGUAAAGAGCUCAAGACCAAAGUGUUACGGUUACCGCCGCCGACAGCGCAUCAGGAGGGCCACACAGAUGGUGCUGAAGUCCUGAGUUGCACGGUGAAGGCUCUGAAGGAGGGCCACGUUGUUGCUCUGCCUACUGACACCAUCUAUGGCCUGGCCUGUCUGGCCCAGGACUCCGAAGCCAUCAGAAAAAUUUAUGACAUCAAAGGAAGAAACGGGCAGAAACCACUGGCGAUUUGUGUAGGAGAAAGUCAGGACAUCUAUAAGUACUGUAAGGUGAAGGUGAAGGAAGAGCUUCUAGGUGACCUGCUGCCUGGUCCUGUCACACUGGUGUUUGAAAGGUCUGAAGUGCUGAACACAGAUCUCAACCCCUUUACCUCACUUGUCGGCGUACGUAUCCCAGACCAUGCCUUUAUGAGGCGCCUCUGCCAGAUGUGCGGGGAGCCACUCGCACUUACCAGCGCUAACAUCAGCUCACACAUCAGCACUGUGGAAGUGCAUGAGUUUCAGGAUCUCUGGCCCAGAGUAGCUCUGGUGGUGGAUGGUGGACCAAUCGGAGACCAGAGCCGCCUCGGAUCAACAGUGGUCGACUUAUCAGUACUCGGCAAAUAUCGCAUCAUCAGACCUGGCUGUGCCCUUUCUUCUACGGUUGAUGUGCUGGAACACAAAUAUGGACUGUUGUUCUUGGAAGAAUGACCUUUGAACUCUCCACACCACACGCCGAGAUGCACAACCAGCUUUGGCCUGGGGCUUCUUUGGAAAAGAUUCAUUUAUCUUUCCCUGGACAGACUAGAACUCGGGAACAACUUGAGUCUUAAAUUUCAGAUGGCUGAUUUUGUUCUGGCGGCUACUUUAACAUCUGGAGUUGCUUUAUUUUGAUGAUCACAUGUGUUUACCGUGACUGCAUUAUGUUGAGUUAUAAUGUUACAACCCCACACAAUUGUGACCUAAAGGCAAAUUAAUGCUUUCCACAUACACUCGUAUAGACACAGGCAAGGGGCCGCAUGCAUUUAUAUUUUAGCCUUCUGUCCAUGUGCUUUCAGGGCUUUUUGUUCAGCUGACAAUCCGCACAGACACAAACGUUUGGCCUGCACACGGACAUCCACACAGAGUCCUAGCAGACCGAAAUUUACAUCGCUGAACGGUAGACACACAAAUGCAGUUAAGUGUCGCGGUUCUCUACCAUUUUAACAAGGGUAGCUAUAGUACAGAUUUUCUUCUUGUUUGGUACCUUUUUUUUGUAUUGUCGAAACAAUGAGGCUAAACUACACAUACAAUGGUUUAUUUUUGACAUCUAAAUAAUGGCUAGAAGUGUAGUAAGCAUCUAUUUUAUGGCCUGAAUGAACAGAGGGAAGGCAGAUGUUUGAAUGGUAUUGCCUAUAAAUGCAUUUUUAAAUGACAAAAUGUCGUAUUUAUUUUAUUCUUUGUCAAACAUGGCAAGGCUUGUACUAUACAACUGGCAACUUAAACUUACAAGUCAGAAAUUCAGUUAUAUUUCACAGUUGUGUUGGUUAGCACCUGAACUGAGUGAAUGUAUGGUUUGAAAUACAUC